AUCAACGAUACCCCUAAAUCAAGAUCUGAAUAAUGAUUAUGACAGAAUGUCACGACUACUGAUGACACGGAACGCUUUCACAUGGACUAGAUCAUGUGUAGAUACUUCACUUUACAACCCUCCACUCGAGAUCCAGUAUUACCAUAAUUAACGAAUAAAGGUAUCAAUAAAAGAGAUAAAGAACAAUAAUUAAUGCAGCUGAGAGCGCCCGCUUAACGCAGCGGAUCUCCCAAGACCAAUAAGAACGUACCCGGCUCCAAAGGCUCCUCCCAAUCCCUGAACACGACCAUGCAUGUGGCCCAAGACGUUCAGGCCUCAUUAGUUCCCAAUUAGCAUCUUCUCUAAAUCAACCGCUCAUCGUCGAGACCACAGAGGCGCGAAGUGGACAAUUCGAAUAUUUCGAUGAACGUUUUCUGUCACAGACACGGGAGUUUUUCCGCAUUGCACGAUAAUAUAAUGCAGAAAAAUAGCCAGUUCGUGGUGAAUGGGUCGAAGGGUGAGCCUCUCAGGCUCAAAUUCGGCAUAGAUCAGUUGCUGGCCGAAGAUACGAAGAAGAAGACGAAAGAAGAGACGGCGGAUGUGAAGGCGGAAGUUGUUGGUGCUUCAGUUCCGUGUUCGGACUGUGUUACGUCACUGUUUCGCUGUUGCAGAUUGGGCGAGCCUGGUGGUUGCAAUCAGGGGCAGGUUUCGAACUUUUUGGGACAUCAUUUUGGUUAUGGGGCUGGCGUUAAUGCUUAUACGGUCCAGCCGAUUAGACCUUUUGCUACUAGACCGACUUUAAGAAUACCACAACCAAGCACAUCACCAAGUCCACCGAUAUCAACCAACAACGGAAAAAGGAAAAGGUCCUGGUCAAGAGCAGUAUUCAGUAACCUGCAGAGAAAAGGUUUGGAGAGAAGGUUUCAACUGCAAAAAUACAUCACCAAGCCAGAUAGACGACAGCUGGCUGCUACCUUAGGGUUGACAGAUGCACAGGUUAAGGUUUGGUUUCAAAAUAGGAGGAUGAAAUGGAGACACUCUAAAGAAGCUAGUAAAGCUGGAGAGAACGCUGCUGAUUCCACACAAGACCAGGAAUUCAAUAUAGACGUCGAUACAAUAUCUGAAAAUGAGUGAUUCAGAGUAUUGCGAAUCUACUUGAGUACGGAGAUUUCUGAUAUUUCAGGACCAUAAGUUUCUCUUAUUUGAGCAAUAUUCAUGAAAUUUUCAAAUUACAUACUUCUGUUAUUUGGAUGUUUCUUUCCAGAAAAAGAAUUCUAUUGAUUAUAAUAUACUGACAAAAAAACCGCAACAACCAGAAGGAGCUGUUUAAUUUUUUUUGUUGGUAAAACAAAGGAGUAAAUGAUUGAAAUUUGGAGAAAAAAACGGAGGGUUUACAAUUUUUUUAAUAAAUUUGUUAAUAAUGUGUUUCUCUUCCGCGAUUAUCUAUACACUCCCCAACACGUAUCGGCAUUGAUGCAAUAAGAUGGUCUAUUUCUACUUGAGGGAUACUAUCCCAAGCUACCUCUACUUCAUGUCGCAGAGUCACCAAAGUCUGUGGGGGAUGGGGUAAACUUCCAAGCCUUCUACCCAUGAUAUCCCAAACA